CCUUGGAAGAGCCGCGCCUACAGCCCGGGUAUCCAGGGACUUCACGAGGAGAUCAUUGACUUUUAUAACUUCAUGUCCCCUUGUCCUGAGGAAGCAGCCAUGAGAAGGGAGGUGGUGAAGCGGAUCGAGACUGUGGUGAAGGAUCUGUGGCCCACGGCGGACGUACAGAUAUUUGGCAGCUUUAGCACAGGCCUCUAUCUUCCAACGAGUGACAUAGAUCUGGUGGUGUUUGGAAAAUGGGAGCGUCCUCCUCUGCAGCUGUUGGAGCAAGCCCUGCGGAAGCACCAUGUGGCAGAGCCGGGCUCCAUCAAAGUCCUCGACAAAGCUACAGUACCGAUAAUAAAGCUCACAGACCAGGAGACUGAAGUUAAAGUCGACAUCAGCUUUAACAUGGAGACUGGCGUCCGGGCAGCGGAGUUCAUCAAGAACUACAUGAAGAAAUAUUCAUUGCUGCCUUACUUGAUUUUAGUAUUGAAACAGUUCCUUCUGCAGAGGGACCUGAAUGAGGUUUUUACAGGUGGAAUUAGCUCAUACAGCCUCAUUUUAAUGGCCAUCAGCUUUCUGCAGUUGCAUCCAAGAAUUGAUGCCCGGAGAGCCGAUGAAAACCUUGGAAUGCUUCUCGUAGAAUUUUUUGAACUGUAUGGAAGAAAUUUUAAUUACUUGAAAACUGGUAUUAGAAUAAAAGAAGGAGGUGCCUACAUUGCCAAAGAAGAGAUCAUGAAAGCCAUGACCAGCGGGUACAGGCCAUCCAUGCUAUGCAUCGAGGACCCACUGCUGCCUGGAAAUGACGUUGGCCGGAGCUCCUACGGGGCCAUGCAGGUGAAACAGGUGUUUGACUACGCCUACAUUGUUCUCAGCCAUGCCGUGUCACCCCUCGCCAGGUCCUACCCCAACAGAGACUCAGAAAGUACUUUAGGAAGAAUCAUCAAGGUGACUCAGGAAGUGAUUGACUACCGGAGGUGGAUCAAGGAGAAGUGGGGCAGCAGAGUCCACCUGCUGCCGGACCUGGACAACAGGAUUAAGAUAAAAGAGCGAAUCUCCAUGUGCAAUGGGGAGCAGACACAGAGCCGGGAAGCCGGGUCACCCCACAGCCAGCGCCUGACCUUGUCCCUGUCCAGUCCCCAGCUUCUCUCUUCCGGCUCCUCUGCUUCGUCUGUGUCUUCCCUCUCCGGAAGUGACAUUGACUCAGAUACCCCGCCCUCUACCACGCCCAGCGUCUACCAGUUCAGCCUGCAGGCGCCCACGGCACUCAUGGGCAGCUUGCCCACUGCCCUGCCCUUGCCCAGCGCCAAGCCUCAGGCCACUCCCUCCCGGACACUGAUCAUGACAACCAACAAUCAGACCAGGUUCACCAUCCCUCCUCCGACCCUCGGGGUCGCACCUGUCCCGUGCAGGCAAGCUGGUGUGGAAGGAACUGCGUCCUUGAAAGCUGGGCACCAUGUGUCCUCCCCGGCCAUCCCCUCAGCGUCCCCCAACCCACUGUCCAGCCCUCACCUGUAUCAUAAGCAGCACAGUGGCAUGAAGCUGUCCAUGAAAGGCUCCCACGGCCACACCCAGGGAGGCGGCUACAGCUCGGUGGGUAGCGGAGGCGUGCGGCCCCCCGUGGGCAACCGGGGCCAUCACCAGUACAACCGCACCGGCUGGCGGAGGAAAAAGCACACGCACACGAGGGACAGUCUGCCUGUGAGUCUCAGCAGAUAAUGGCUCUGCCGCACCCCAGACUGCCACGGCCUGGGCACUGCAGCCCGGCACCAGCGCCCUCAAGCACCUGAGCCGCGGCCAUGGCGGACACCUGCUGCUGUCCGCAUGUCCCCAUGCCGUCUGCAGCCUUACGCCGCGGACGGGAGCUCGCCAAGCGGUGUGUGGCAGACCCACCUCCCGGGCUGACUGGUGCAGCUUCCGUUCCUACCCUCAGCGACAGGGGCUCCAGGCUGUCCCCACACCUCACGGCGUAGUGCUGGAGGCCGGCGUGUUACUGCCCUUGCAUUUGGUUUGAGACUUCAGAACUGUUUUUCUAUGUAAAUAUCGAAAACUUACGACUUGUGCAAUAAUCAGAUAUUUUUUAUUUAAUUUCAUAUUUUCACAUAAGUUAUAUUUAAGGGAGGAGGGAAUUUUUUUUUAAACAAGCUUAGAUCCUUUCCCCAGUUGCAUUUUCUAGGUUGGGUUCACUGUGUUGGCUGGUUGUC